AUGAAAUCAAUCGAUUUUUGUGUUCACAGUGGUUUGUUAAGUUUGGGAAUCGAUCGUCGUCAUACAUUUGACAGUUGGACAAGAAACCAAGUCGUUUCAAUACAUCAUUUGCAUCAAUAUCUUACACGAUUUGCAAUACCAUUCUUUUUCGAUCGACUUGAUUAUGUAACCAAUGAUUUUGUUGACUAUCACUGUAAUUAUCCUGAAUCCAAAGUCAUUCUAUCUUUUCCAUCUAUUCUCAUGAUUACUUUUCGUUGUAAAGAGAAAUUAAAUCUUGCUCUAUUCACAUUUAUACGGCAGACAUGUCCUUCUCUACAUCAUCUUCGUUUUAAAUGGAACUGUAAUUUAAGUGAUGAUCUUAUUCAGAACAUACAAUUAACAUUAUCAACAGUUACAGAACUUUAUCUUGGUGAUGUUCAAUCCAUUGAUUUUCCUACUCUAAAACGUAUUCUUCCUCUGGCACCUAAUCUGAAACAUUUAACUGCUUGA